AUCAUCUUGGGAGAUACCAUUAUACGUAUAUGUGCACGUUUUUAAAAGGUGUACCUGUGUCUAACGUGUACGGCCUAGAAAUGCAAAUAAUUAGCGUGCAAUUAUAGUGUUUCAAGAUAUACGGAAUACAGUCAUUGUAACGGCAAGGAUUACAAAGGACAACGUUAUACACCGCGAAGCAAGUGAACAGUGUGACACAAGUAGGAACUCGGAGUUUGUCGACGUUCAAAAAGUAUUAAAAAAAACGCAAUAAUGUAUAUUGUAUGACGUAUCUUCAUAUACUGGAGAUAUAAUGAGUGAUAAUUCCUACGUGAUCUGAAUCAUGUAACACAUAUAUAUAUUAUAUACUUAUCGGAACAUUUCUUACGUAUUUCAACAGAUUACGUUUAUAGCGGUUGGAUUCUUGGGGUUUUCUCCAAUCCGAAAUCAUCGUAAAGAAUUCUCAACCGUCGAACGCGAAGUCUAGCUCAAAAGGACGGCUCAGGAUGCUGGGCGUCCCGGCGAGCGUCCACAGGCCCAAAGUCAACGCCAGAAGCGUCUGGAGGGAAGCCAGCUGAGAAUGUCGGAGCAGAAUGGGCCCCCGGAGGGCCCAGGCUGGUGGCCUCCGGCCCAAUCCUGGAAGUCGUCGUCAGCCCCUGCACGACCAGAAGCAGGAAAAAACGUAUCUGUGACCACCAUCAACGUUCCACCAGCCCACGAAAUGCAUGACGGUAAAAAUGUUAAGUAUUUGGGUGGUCGGAAUGGCGUGACGGUGUCCGUUGUGUCCGGAUGCGGGACCGGAAAUGAACCUGAAAAUGACGGAGCCGACAGCGAUGGAGAAGUGAGCAAGAUCGACUUCCGGGGAGUAAACCUUCGCACUAAGAAGAAGAGGGACGCGCCAGAGGGUCAAGAAAGCGACGCCAGCACCGUGACCGAGGCGAUGCUGCAGCAACCAGAACGGCCCAUGUCCUGGGAAGGAGAACUCUCCGACCAAGAAAUGUCUUCCAAUACAAUUACUAAUCAAGACCAUGAAGAAACUUCAAUGGAAGGUGUUCAAGUGUGUAGUGCGAGUCCAGGGCCAACACAUGCACCACCGGAACCUAAAUUCGCAAUAAAACUAGAACCAGAUUUCCGCUCAAGCCCAGGGCCUCCCUUAGGCCCCCCAAAUGAGGUGACCCUAUCGGCCACCCAACAGCAACAUCAACAGCAUCAGCAUCAGCAACAGCAACAGCAGCAACAGCAACAACUGAAUAUAGACGGACUUGAGCAAACUCAACAAAGUGAUUUACCACUAUUAGUUGGAAAGUUGCUAGGAGGAUACAACAACGCCACUCCGAAUCAUAGUCCAGUUCUUAACCCAAGACAUCAUCUGACUAAACAUAGUCACACAAGAUCACAGGUUCCAUCCCCGGAUUCAGCGAUACAUUCGGCGUACAGCGUGUUCAGCUCUCCGACACAAAGCCCGCAUGCUGCUCGUCACUCAGCACUCGGAGCUGGUAGUCCAGUACCAUCUUCGUCACUGUCACUUUCUCGUCAUAGUUUCAACAAUUCCACAUCGUCUCUUUCCUUGUCUCUCUCGCAUUCGCUUUCGCGUAACAACUCUGAUGCAUCCAGUAGCUGCUACAGCUAUGGGUCUCUCAGCCCACCAACACAUUCACCUGUUCAACAGCCAAGGCACUCUCAUUCUCACACUUCACAUCCUCACCAUCAGGUCGCCGCUCAGGGCAGCCCCUUACACCUACCAAUAUCUCAUCACUAUUCAACGACAAAUUCGGAACUUUCCGAGGGCUUAAGCGAGGAUCAAGAAGACUGUAAGAUAGCACCGGCUGCGGCGGGCAUUUCGACCAGGCAACAACUGAUCAAUAGCCCAUGCCCCAUUUGUGGUGAUAAAAUCAGUGGUUUUCACUACGGCAUAUUUUCUUGCGAAUCUUGUAAAGGAUUCUUCAAGAGGACUGUACAGAACAGAAAAAAUUAUGUCUGCCUUAGAGGGGCUGGCUGUUCGGUUACCGUAGCAACUCGUAAGAAGUGUCCUGCUUGUCGGUUCGAAAAAUGCCUUAAUAUGGGAAUGAAGUUGGAGGCGAUAAGGGAAGACAGAACUCGAGGUGGCAGAAGUACAUAUCAGUGCAGUUACACACUUCCGGCAAACUUGGUGGGCUGUACUUCUGGUGGAUUACCCGGUGAUAAAAUGGCUGGUGGAACGUGCAGCCCGGCUCCUCCUGGAUACGAGCAUCAUCAUUCAGCAAGGCAUCAUUCGAACCAUUCUCACAAGCAACAUGUUGUGCCGCAACUGCUACAAGAAAUAAUGGACGUGGAACACUUGUGGCAUUAUAAUGACAAUGAUAGAACAACGAGUGCACAAAGUAGUAGCAGCAGUAGUAAGUCGGAACAGCCCAGGCCGAGCUCCACUGGACCACAAAACACCGAUCAUGAUCAACAACACCCACCUAGCAAUGCAAACACGAAUGCGAAUUCUUCGCAGCAUCCCGAUUUCUUGUCAAACCUGUGCAAUAUUGCUGAUCAUCGGCUUUAUAAAAUUGUUAAGUGGUGCAAGAGCCUACCCUUGUUCAAAAACAUUUCAAUCGAUGAUCAAAUUUGCCUUCUGAUCAAUUCGUGGUGUGAGUUAUUGUUAUUUUCAUGCUGCUUUAGAAGCGUGAAUACUCCGGGAGAGAUUCGAGUCUCGCUGGGAAAGUCAAUUACACUUGAACAGGCAAGGCAACUAGGUCUGGCAAGCUGCAUCGAAAGAAUGCUUGCUUUCACCAACAACCUUAGGCGAUUGAGAGUGGACCAAUAUGAGUACGUUGCAAUGAAGGUAAUUGUUCUACUAACUUCUGACACAAGCGAGUUGAAGGAGCCCGAAAAAGUUAGAGCAUCGCAAGAGAAAGCAUUGCAGGCGUUACAACAAUAUACAAUCGCCAUGUAUCCAGAAAUGCCGGCCAAGUUUGGUGAACUUCUUCUCAGGAUCCCAGACUUGCAGCGAACAUGCCAAGCAGGAAAGGAACUGCUCAGUGCAAAACGGGCCGAAGGAGAGGGCAGUUCGUUCAAUUUAUUGAUGGAACUGCUUCGCGGGGACCACUGAGUACCAACCAUCACCACAGAUUCCAUGCUUAUACGGAUUGUUGAUAAGCAGAUAGAAUCGGGUGUGGUAAGUAAGGACAUUUUUUUAAAGACAAGAGAAAUGACUGUAACAAGUAGUCCGUAAUAAUGUUAGCUCUUGGUGAGGGGGAUUAUUAGGUUGUUAGAGGACUUAGAUAAUAAUAAUAUAUUUUUUACUGAAAUGCUUCCGUACAGGGCCUGUAUUCCUGCCUUUAAAGUUUAAGUACAGGAGUUUAAAGCGGCCUAUGGUAUGUCCGUAUCGUCCAGUGUGCAUUCAAGUGAGAAUCCGAGUGCGAGUGAUAAUAUUUGGUCGUGUGAAUGGUGGAAGAGAGGAAAUAUGUUUCCAGUGUAAUCUUAGAGUUACACUUUAAUUAUGAAACACCAGUAUUUCGUACAUAAUUGCGAUUACUUAAAAACAAAGCAUAAUGUCUUUUAUGUCCCGGUAAAAAUGUACUUAAAUCAAUUAUCUGUAAGGCUUAAUUAUUACUACCUUAUUUAGUUAUACUAUUUCAAGGUAUUUUUUACGAUACUUUAUACAUAAAUACAUAAUUAAAUUUUAUAUAUAUAUAUAUAUAUAUAUAUAUAUAUAUAUA